AGUCUAGAGGACAAGCCUGCCACACAGAGCUCUAAAAAAUCUAGCAAGAAAUCAAAGAAAACUGAACAAGAAAAUUCCUUGAAAGAGUCUGUGGUGGAACAGGAGUCUCUGAUGUCAAUGCCGGAAGAAAUCACCUUCUGUGAAAAUGAUAUCGAGGAUGUAUUAAACCAAGUGGAGAAAAUGGAAAAUUCCUUUGGAAGUCCUACAAACAGUGUUAGUAAGAAAUCAUCCAAGUCAAAGAAGGACAGAAGUGAAAAUGUGGACUCAGAGCCUGCCAACAAGAGAAGAAAAAGAAAUGUUUCCAAAGAGAAAUCAAAAGAAGCAGGAGAACCUCCACUGCAGGCCUCAACUGCUUCCAAAUCUUCCAUGUCAGUGUAUGAUUUUGAUGAAGACACAGACUUCUCCACUCCACUUUUUCCACUUCACUCCUCCAGAAAUUUAAGUGGAGGAGCGAAUGCUAAGAACCAGACGGCCUCUUCAAGCAGUGAUAAAACUCCUACCUCUUCCAGUCCGCUUUUUUCCAUGCCUGUGAUCACAACUGAACCAGGCUCCACGACCACUCCCCUCUUUGACGAUUUUCCUAUGACUCCCAAAAAGCGUGGAAAACACAAAAAGAACAAAAAGGUGGAGGAGAAAAUAUCUGAUGUAACAGUUUCCAAAAAAUCAGACAAUGAUCUCUUGAAUUCUAACAGUUUAGACAGGUUAGGUUCUGAAAGUAGGACAGAUAGUGAUAAAAAUAUAACCAGUGAUGUGACUAAGAAAAACAGUGAAAAUGGUUUAGAAAAAAUGGAUGUACAGUACUCUUCGAAAGAUAAUGGAUUUUUGAGCAAAACUGACACAAGGCAGCAUUCUGUGAAUUUUCCUAGUGAACAAUCUAACAACAAAAAUUCUUCAUCUUUAUCUUUUGAAUCUCAAGGGAACACAGAACAACAGAUGUCUAUGACAACUCAAAAUAUGGAUUCUAGCAGGCAAGAUAGAACGGAGGGAAAUUUGAACAGCAGGAGACCUGCGGCAUCAAGAUCAAAUGUGGAUCAGAUGUCUGUUGAUACAAAUCCUCUAACAGUAGAUACAAAUGACAUUGAAUCAACUGUGAACAAUUUACUGGGACUUUCUCCUCACAUGCUAUCGCCGAGCAACAUGAGGCAUAAACAGGUGCAACAGUCACCUCAAUUACAGACCCCAAAGUCCAACUCGCCAGCUUCCAUGAAGUCUCCCAUGACUUCCCCAGCCAUUACAUAUCAGCAGCAGACGCACAUGUCAAACGAUCACUUGACUCGUCCGUCUGCUCCUUCCUCCAUAUCUACCAAUCCGGAUUUGACAUAUUCUGCUGAGUCUCUGUUUAGUUCUCAGUCCAAGCAUUUGGACAGCUCUAGAGGAAUGGACACCAACUCCUCUCAACUGCAGCAGACAACAAGGAUGUCUGGUAAUACAGAUUCCAUGAUGAAGCCCACUGAGGAGAGUAGUAGUGCUGCGAGGCCUAAAUCUAUAUACUCUGCCGACAAUUUUGUUCACAGUGCUAAAAAUGACAAAUCAUCCAAAUCGGCACCAAAUGUGAUUAGUCCUUCAAUGUCCACAAGUUUGCCUCGUGGUCAAAAUGAAAAUAGUUCAGAUGGCUUUAACUUUAAUAACAUUGGUCUCAAUUUAUCAACACCUACCACUUCCACGAAUUCUUUCAUGGACAGUUUGACAAUGUCUCCAAUAAUAUCAACUGUUGCAAAUACAACGUCUUCAUCCACUCCAUUUACUUUCACAUUGUCUUCUAAUUCAUCAACCCACACUACAUCCACAGCAUCCAUGAUGCAGUCACCUGCUUCACAAUCCCAGAACUCAUCACAUCAAGGGAACCACAAUUUCCCAUUUUAUUCUCCACAUCAGUCACCACAGAGACCACCAUCUCACCACCAAAGGCCACCAACCACGUCUGCCUCUCCACAGCAUACCAACUCUGCUCCAAGCAACAUUUCAUCAAAUCAGUCUCAAAGACCUCCAGUGAACAAUCUGUCAAAUUUUGACCUUAAUCUUCCGCCUUCCAACUCACAAAUGCCAUCUUCACAAUCCUCACAGCGUAGAUCUUCUCAUGAACAUGAUGCCAGGAUGUCACAACAUAUGCCAUCUAUGGCUGAUUCACAGUAUCCUUAUGGAAUGUCAAGAAAUUGCUCAGUCCAAGAUCAAAGACAAAGAGAACAAACUACAAUGCCAAGAGAAGAACCACCCAGUUUUCCAAAUAUUACAGUAACGACCCAUGAGGGACCACUGAACAUGGGUAUGAGUAAAUCAAACCCCCAUAAGCGUAUGAAUGACAUCGGACAAGGAAGCAUGUCUUCAAAGUCUGCCAGUGAUUCCAGGUCAGAUAGGACCUCAGGAGGAGGCUACAGUAUGAACAGUAGCAUGCAGCCAUUUUUCCCUCCUCCCAACUUUUCCAAUUCUUCUAGUAAUCCAUUGGAAACACCUCCUCUGUACCAUCCUCCUAUGUUGGGCAGUGACAACCGAGGCAGUAUGGGUGUGCGGGGUUUUAAUCCGGUAUUUUCCUCCUCACAAAGUUACAAUCCAGUGCAGCAGAGUUUUGGUGGAAAUAGGUACGAGAGUAACAAUGUUCCACCCUUUUCACAGAGAGAUUCAUCAGGCACUCAGCCUUUGAGUCACACUCCACCCAAUCAAGUGAUGGAUGGGCGGAAAUCGGCUAACACCCCAUCAUCUCAAACAGCAAAGAGUAACAAACAGCCAUCUCAACCAAUGCAAGGAAGCCAGACAAACAGAACAAUGAAUGGACCACCCUCACACCGGUCAGGGCCCACCCCUCCCCAGGCCCCACCACAGGCUUCCCACAGACCAGCCCCACAGCAACAGCUCUCACAGCCUCAAUCUCAACAAUCUAGGUCAAAGUCAUCAAGCUCAAGUUCAAGGUCAUCUUCUUCUAAACAAUCACAGAAGAAAAAACAAAACUAUGUGGAAAUGGAAAGUGGUAUUCCCCCUCAUCCUGCUAUGUUCGAGGCCAACAGAAUGACCCCUCUGUUUCCCCUCCCCCAAGCUCGAUCUCCGCCAUUCCCAGCCAAUUUAUUUGGUUCUGGACCCCACCAGGGUGCCUCUAUGUCAAAAAAUUCAGAACUCAGUAGUCCUUUCAAUCAGUUAUUUCCACCAGCUCGCCCGCAGAAUGGACUUGGAUUCCAGUUCAAUAAUUUCGGAAUGAACAGUGUACAUAGUGCCAUGUCCAAUUCCCCCCAAAUAACGCCCCAUUCCGGAAGUGUUACUGUAACUCCACACAUGUCAAAUUUUACCUUUACAAAUAUUUUUUCGGAUGUGAACAACUCUUCACAGAAUGACGCUCUCAACAUUUCUCCAAUUAAAUUCCCCCAUCCCAAUCCCAUGCUUCCACACCAGGGUAUGGAUCCCAACUCACUGCAUCACCCACAUCAGCAGGGAUCCUCCAUCUAUCACCACCACAACAGAGCUCAUCCAUCAUCCGUCAUCCACAACGCCAUGAACAUCAAUAGCAUUCUAGGCCAUAAUCACCACAGUUUUGAUUCUAGAGGAAUGUCCCAGGGGAUGAAUACCUCGGUAGCCCCUCCUUUUGCGGGACACGGGCACCCCCCAGGUUUUGGUAUGCCCCCUCUGAAUUUCUCCAUGCAUGACACAUGAGACAAAUCUAAAAAAAAAAUGUCCAUUCCUUUCGAUAUAUACUGUAUGUUUAUGAUCAACUUUUGCAUUUACCUGUACCUUAAUUUUAGUGUAAAGAACAAAUGUGCCAUACUAUUGUAACUUGGGCUAAUGGAAAAGCGAAAAGCAGCAUUUUGAAAAGUUUUAUUCGAGUUGACACAGUAUUAGAAUGUUACCUGGUAAAUUUAUAUUUGUUUGAAGUAUUUUUGAAAUAUUAUAAGUUCAGUUUAAGUUUCUAAAAAAUAUUUUCUUUUGUAUUACAUGCACUUUGAAGGAAUUUGAUUUUAUUCUCAAAGACAUAUGUGUCUGUGGACACAAGUUAAGAUUAGAUUUUUUGUCUCACAAUCUUUAAAAUAUCAAGAGAGAGAAUACAUGUAAUUUUAAAAAAUGGUUUUCUAUGGGCUACUACCAAAUGAAACAGUUCUGUAUAAUUUUUCGUAGGAAUUCAUAAUAUUUUGCUAAUUUAAAGUUGUUCAGUUGAGUUGUCUAUUUUGGAAGAAUUUUUCUAUUUAUGAUUAAUGGUUGUUCUCAUUUUUAUUUUGUUAAGUGUGUAAAAAAUAAUCUCUGAUGUAAAUUGUUCCUGUGAAAUAAUUUGAGAAGGUCAUUAUGAUUUGCUGUUGAAUUGUAAAUGUACUAAAUCGUACCACCCCUAAUAUUUUGUCAAGACGACAAUUUCUCCCCUUUCCACCCUUCCCCAUGAAUUAGAAAAGAGGGAUCCAAAUUUGGUCUUAUGCAAAUUACCUUAUUAUCGAAAUUGUUUUCACCUUUUACACUCAUUCAGGUUCUAUUUUAUUUGAAGUAUGCAAAAGCACGGUUAUUCAUUCAAGACUUCAGACUUUUUUAAAGGAGCAUUCAUUUAGUUGUAAUUCAGGAUGAAGUUUUUUACUUUGCAAUUUUUGCUUCUGAAAAUUCCCAGUCUGUAAUUGCACACAAUUAUUUAUUGUUUUGGUU